GCGGCGAGGGAAAGAGACUGGCUGGCUGCUGCUUUGCGAGAGAAGCCUGCCGACUGGCGACUCCGCCUGCUUCUUUCCAGGCCAGGAGGCACGAAGAAGGAGGAGGGGGGUUCCUGCAGGAGGGGGCGGGGGCGGUCAAGCAGAGAGCCUCCCCCAUGCAAACUCCCCGGCAGGCAGGCAGGCAGGCUUCAGCCCCCGCUCCUGCUGCCAGUAGCUGCCUCCCCCGCUGUCAUGAGCAUCCAUAAAGGAGGAUCCCCCUUGCAGCGGCAGCAGCAGCCUGGCGAAUAGGGCGCGCGCGCGCAGGGCGCACGGAGUGGCAAAGGCGAAGGAGACGAGGCAGAGGCUGCGGGCUGGCGGAGGAACAGGAGAGAUUCAGAUUGCAAGCAAGCCGGGACGCUUCGUCGGCUUCGGGAAAGCCCUGCGGGGGCCGAGGGCACGCGCCUCGCUUUGCUGGGCGCAGAGGUGGGGAGGGAAGAAUCUCCACCUCCCUCUCUCUCCAAAGGGGAUUUACGCUCGCCACGUUUCUGGCGCGGCCGAAGAGAAGACUGGACUAGACGGCAAUCCACCUGUCUGCCUCUCACCGCCUACCACUUCAGGAGGGCGUCAGGACGCGAAGCCACCGGAGGCGCCUCUGGUCACUCCCCCUGCAGGGAGAGUCAAGCAGGACCCCGCGCACCCCGCCCCCUAAAGCCUUUCCACGCUCGGUAAGGUUGGCCAGAACAGCGCCCCCGCUCCCCCCCCCCCCAGCAACGCCGGACAGGCUUCCGUUUUCCAAAGAGGCAGCUCCCUGCCACCUUCUUGGCCAGAUCUUCGCCCGCCUCCAACAUCUGGCAUAGCCAUGACUCUCUGAUCGCACGUCUCUCCACCCCCGCCGCAGGCACGCAGAGUGCGCCGCCCCUCAUCCCCAAUUUUGGCCUAAGCUGAAAAGGGCACAUUGGAUCACCCCUCGUCCUGGGGCCCAGCUGAGCCCCUGGGUGCCCCCACCGCCGUUGGCGGGAUGAAGCCUUUGGAGAAAUUUCUGAAGAAGCAGGGGUCUCACUUGGCUGCCCGGGCUGGCCCCGGGGCUGGUGGGCAGCUGCCUCGCAGGCAAAGCGUCUCCAAGAUCCUGCUGCCCGGAUUCCUCAAGGAGCCCCCCGAGGAGCCCCCCGAAGGAGGCACGGACCCUGCUGGCGAUGGGCGCUGGCUGGAGCUGCGGCCCCCCGAUUCCUCUCUGCGCUCCCCAACGUCCUUCUCCUCCGAGGAGCUGUCCCCAGGCGGUGGCGGAGGAGGCGAAACCCAGCUCAGCCCUGAGUCUGUACCCACCUGCUGCUGGGCACCGCUGGCAGAACCCGAGAGCCCCGAUCGACUGCUGGGGAGACUUCUGGAGAGGCUGGGAGGCGAUCCGACAGCCCCCCAUGGUCAUGGCUGCGGUGCAGACCUGCUGCUAGAUGACAUCGUCCUCACCCACUCGCUGUUCCUGCCCACAGAGCAGUUCCUGCACCAGCUGCACCAGCACUUCAUGACAGCGUCGACAAUCCCAUCACCACCAUGUUGGAAGGAAGGCGAAGCCAUGCACCGAAAGCGAGCAGUUUUGGUUAUUUUGCUUCACUUCCUCGAGACGUACAAGGGGAUCUUGCAGGAGGAGGAGAAAGCAGGCAAAGUUAUCAAGGACCUGUAUCUGCUCAUUAUGAAGGACUCCUCCCUCUAUCACAAACUGGAAGAUGAAAUUUUAAAGCUUCAUCAGCUUGUGGAGACAGUUGAACUCAAGGUGACUGAAGAAAGCCAUCCCCCCAGCAAGCAAGUCAAACCCCUUUUCAGGCAUUUCCGGCGCAUAGAUUCCUGCCUCCAGACACGGGUUGCUUUCCGUGGCUCAGAUGAAAUCUUCUGCCGUGUUUACAUGCCAGACCACUCAUAUGUCACCAUCCGCAGCCGCCUCUCGGCCUCCGUGCAGGACAUCCUCGCUUCGGUGACUGAGAAGCUCCAGUACUCGGAUGAGCAGCCCACCCGGGAGGAGGCUCUCAUCCUGGUGGCAGUAGCAUCCUCAGGAGAGAAAUCUGUGCUACAGCCCAAUGAAGAGUGUGUUUUCACUACGCUGGGGAUAAACAGCCAUCUCUUUGCCUGCACUAAGGAGAGUUUCCCAUCACUGGUCCCUCUCCCUGAGGAAAUCCAGGUGUCGCCAGGUGACACGGAGAUCCAUCGAGUUGAAGCUGAGGACGUGGCGAAUCACCUCACAGCCUUCCAUUGGGAAUUGUUCCGCUGUGUCCAUGAGCUGGAAUUCGUGGACUACGUGUUCCAUGGGGAACGUGGUCGGCGGGAGACAGCCAACCUAGAGCUGCUGCUGCAGCGCUGCAGUGAAGUUCAGCACUGGGUGGCCACGGAGGUGCUGCUGUGCGAGUCGCUGGGGAAGCGGGCCCACCUGCUCAAGAAGUUCAUCAAGGUGGCCGCCGUGUGUAAACAGAACCAGGACAUGUUGACGUUCUAUGCCGUGGUUAUAGGGCUCAACAACGCACCUGUCAGCCGUUUGCGUCUCACCUGGGAGAAGCUUCCAGGGAAAUUUAAAAACCUGUUCCGGAAAUUUGAGAACUUAACGGACCCCUGCAGGAAUCAUAAAAGCUACAGAGAAGUCCUCUCGAGAAUGAAGCCCCCCAUUAUCCCCUUCGUGCCCCUCAUCCUAAAAGAUCUGACAUUUUUGCAUGAGGCUAGCAAAACCUUGGUGGACGGACUAGUCAAUGUAGAGAAGCUGCACUCAGUAGCAGAGAAAGUUCGGACAAUCAGGAAGUGCCGGAGCCGGCCCCUCUGCCUGGAAAUGGAGUCAUCUCCCCAACAGCUGCAGACGAAAGCUUACGUCCGGCAGUUCCAAGUUAUUGACAAUCAGAACCUGCUCUUUGAGCUCUCUCACAAGCUGGAGUCAAACAGCCAAUGAGGCAGAUGCCCACAGGGCAGGCGUCACUAGCAAAGAAUGUUUACUCUGCGCAAUACUCGAGCACUUUUUGGAUGUACAGGGGUUCCUCCUUAGGGUCUGACCCUGUUGGGAGAGGAGAGCACGGAGUCGCCAAAUGGCAGGGAUGGCCAAGCUUGGUCCAAGAAAUCCUGGUGACUGAGGUGCAAAAUCAAAACAGCACCUCGCCUUCCUACGGUUUGAGCUUGGGACACAAUUCGCCACAGAGUUCUCCUGCCAGGGCUGGCCCCGAGAUAAUUUUGAUGCCAGAGAUUGAAAAUCUAACUAGCACCUUCCUGUCCCUUCGUCCCUCCCCCAGCAGUAAAAAAGCAAACAACUAUUUAAGUAACCGAAAAAUGUGCUGCUCUUUUAACCGUGCCCCCAAAUCUAUUGCCUUUGCCCAUUGGCAGAGCUCUCUUGGUCUUCUGUGUGAGCUUCAUUUAAGGGAAGGGAGACUCCGCCAGAGCAUCCCGUGAGUGGGACUUGCGCAGAAGAAUCUCCCAGGGAGUAUUGGGGCUCUUAUCCUCCAUCUGUCGGUUUCCCUCUCCGCCACCUGGAACGGCACUCCAAAUCGGUUGCCUGAGGUGACUAUCUCGCUUUGCUUCAUGGCAGAGUGUAGAGCGGUUUGGAGGACUGAACCCAAAAUGGCCCCAGCAGAUGGAACAGUGUUUUGUGGAGGAGGUUAAGACAAAGCAGGGCAUCUUGACUUGCUUGUGGGACAACU